GUUCAAUAACCUUUUGACAGUAGUGACAGUACUUAAAUCUAGGUUAUGUCAGUGUUUUGCGUUUCAUUCCGUUUCGAACAGUUUAAACCUUGAAAAAUAAAUAAAAAUGUGAUUAAUUCACCUUAAACAUGAGUAAUGAGGAGAGACUUGUGACGGAGGUGCCUAGUAGCCUCAAACAACUCGCUAGGUUAGUCGUGAGAGGCUUCUACACCAUCGAGGACGCCCUCAUCGUGGACAUGCUCGUCCGCAACCCUUGUAUGAAAGAAGACGACAUUUGUGAACUGUUAAAAUUCGAACGAAAAAUGCUCCGUGCUCGAAUAGCCACCCUCAAAAACGACAAAUUCAUCCAAGUGCGCCUCCGUAUGGAGACAGGAGCCGAUAGCAAAGCCCAAAAAGUGAACUACUACUUCAUCAAUUACAAAACAUUCGUGAACGUAGUUAAGUACAAGUUGGAUUUAAUGCGGAAACGUCUUGAGACGGAAGAACGCGACGCUACAAGUCGUGCUAGUUUCAAAUGUCCCGGUUGUUUGAAAACCUUCACUGAUCUCGAAGCCGACCAACUGUUUGACUACACCACGAGCGAAUUCCGGUGCACUUAUUGCCGGGAAGUGGUCGAAGAGGACUUGUCAGCCCUCCCGAAAAAAGACUCUCGCUUGCUUUUGGCGAAAUUCAACGAGCAGCUGGAGCCCCUCUACAUCCUUCUUCGCGAGGUUGAGGGAAUUAAACUAGCGCCGGAAGUACUAGAACCCGAACCGGUCGAUAUCAGCACUAUUCGAGGCAUCGACAAGAAAUUCAUUUCACAACCGCAAGAAAACUGGUCAGGGGAAGCGACAAGAAACUCAGGAUUUAUGGUUGAGGAAACGCGAGUUGAUGUCACAAUCGGAGAUGAGAACAACACUGCGGCGACCAACGCAAGGAAAGAAGCGCCAAUCUGGAUGAUGGAAUCCACUGUUAUUACGAAAGAAGAAGAUUCGGGGAAAAACACGGACUCUAUCAUGGACGCAAACAAUGAAACUACUAGUAAUAAUGGCAAGACUGAUGAUAUAAUGAGUGUUUUGUUGGCUCAUGAAAAGAAAGCCUCAAAUUCGGCCGCCAAUGCCCUCAAAGCGCUCAAUAAUGAAUCCGAUUCAAGUUCAGACGAAAUGAAUGAAGUGAAGGAAGAGACAGUUGAAAUAGAGAAUUCGGACAGUGAUGAAGAUGAUGGAAUCGUCCCCACGGUCACUGUAGGCAAUCAGGUUUACAACAUUACUGAUAUCAAUGAUACCAUCAUUGCGGAAAUGACACAAGCAGAAAAGGAAAUUUACGUUCAAGUGUUCCAAGACUACUAUUCUCACAUGAAUUAUUAAGCUAAUUUAUCUCAUAAGUACCUAAACUAUUUUUCUAACUGAACAGUAAAUACAAAAGUGGUGUACAUAUAAUGACUCAAUAAAUACUGUAUCCAAAAA